AUGGGUAUUUUCUCAAGGAAGAAGAAGGAAGCUACCCCGGUUAAUAGGGGCGAUCUAAUCCCAUGUGAAACUAUGAUCGAAGCGCCACCUAAGGGCUCUCCACCACCAAAAAAACCUGCUGAUCUUGAUGCUGAACAGACAAAGAAACUGGCACAAAUGCUAGAACACUUUAAUAAGCCAGACCUUGUUCUACCUGUGUCAUCUACUGAUGACACAGGCAAGACCAGACCUAUAAGCUCUUGGGAGAAGUUCUUCUUGACCCGUGAUUGUUUCUUAAGAUAUCUAAGAGCUCAAAAAUGGGAUGUCCCUAAAGCUAUCAAAAUGCUAACAGAGACACUUGUUUGGAGACGUGAAGUCGGGAUCACACAUGGAGAAGAAGAUGAGCACCCAUUGAAACCCGAAGAUAUUGCUGUUGAGAAUGAAACAGGUAAGGAAAUUCUUCUAGGUUUUGAUUACGAUCGCAGACCAUUGUUUUAUAUGAAGAAUGGUCGACAAAAUACUGAAUCCUCUUUCAGGCAAGUACAACAGAUGCUCUUCAUGAUGGAAUGUGCCACCACAUUAACCCCACAAGGUGUUGAGAAGAUGUGUGUCUUAGUUGAUUUCAAACAUUAUAAAGAACCUGGUAUCAUUACUGAUAAGGCUCCACCAAUUUCAAUUGCAAAAAUGUGUCUACAUAUUAUGCAAAAUCAUUAUCCAGAAAGACUUGGAAAAUGUAUUCUGAUUAACAUACCAUGGUUUAUCUGGGCUUUCCUAAAAAUGAUGUACAAUUUCCUUGAUCCAGCAACCAAAGAAAAAGUAAUUUUCGAUGAACCAUUUACAAAUCAUAUUGAUCCAAGUCAACUUGAAGCUACGUAUGAUGGUAGACUUGAUUUUAAGUAUAAUCAUGCUGUCUAUUGGCCUGAUAUGAAUGCCAAAAUUGAAGCUAUUCGUAACAAGCAGUAUGAACGUUUUCAAAAAUUUGGUGCCGUUAUGGGGCUCAGUGAGUGGGAUCUAAAAGGUGACCAUGAUGAACUUGUGUACCCUGUAGAUUCAAUUAAAGCUUAA